GAUCCGCAUAGCUUAAAAAGCAGUUUUUGCGUUACUCUAGGCGUCUCGCGGGAUAAUUUGUCGUUGAUUACUGCAGAGCUCAUGAUAAUGAUACGCGGGGGCUUAACGGUUGGACUUAAAACGCGCAGCUUGGAGAGCGCCGCUACGACUGCAUGUCUGGGUCGAUCCCAAUUGAGCAACUGGGAACGUUUUCAUCCGUGGCAACGCAUGAGAAGACUGCGCUGCAGGGUUAUGCAAUGCAAGAUGCCACCUUCGGAAGGUCGGAUAUACCACCCCCAUAGUUUUUCACAUUUUGCUUAGCUGAAAUUGAUGCAUUCUGGCCCACAGCUUCUGGCGCGAGCGGACGAGGACGUGGAUGAUGAUCUCGAGGCCCUGGAGAAGGGUGGAGAGGAUGACUUGACUGGUGGCUCCGAGAAU